GAUCAGUAUUCCAGUUCGGACUGUUCGGUGUAGUGGUGUCGGUGUGUGUGCGUUGUUUACGUCUUGACUUAAAUAUCAUACCGGUCUAAAAGGAGGUUAUCAGUGAAUCGAAGCUUUUGUGUAGUGUUUGUUCAGUGUUGUCAGCUGUUUCCGAUACGUGGUAUGGAGUGGUAGCCCUGAAGAUGAGGAGUACAGCGGCGCUCGUAUUGUGGCUGUGUCUUCAAGUGAAUGGACAGUUCCGGUCCCCGCGCAUCACCGAGCACCCGUCAGACAUCAUAGUGCCGAAGAACGACCCGGUGACCCUGAACUGCAAGGCAGAGGGGAAGCCGGAACCGACCAUCGAGUGGUGGAAGGACGGACAACUGCUGGACACCGAUACUAAAAGCCAUCGGGUCAUCUUGCCCGCAGGAUCACUAUUCUUCCUGCGCGUGGUGCACGGGAAGAAGGAACAGGACGGGGGCGUAUACUGGUGUGUAGCCAGGAACGUCGCGGGCUCCGCCACCAGCAGGAACGCUACGCUGCUUGUUGCAGUGUUAAGGGACGACUUCCGCGCGGAGCCCAAGGACACGCGGGUGGCGGCGGGGGAGACAGCGCUCCUGGAGUGCGGCCCUCCCAAGGGACACCCUGAACCUACCUUGCAUUGGAAGAAGGAUGACGUCAUGAUUGACAUAGAAGGCUCCAACAGGGUGAGAAUCGUUGAUGGAGGUAACCUGAUGAUUUCUGAGGUCAGGCAGAGCGAUGAAGGAAAAUACACGUGCGUCGUCCAGAACUUGGUCGGCUCUCGGGAGAGUGUUCCUGCCAAACUAACUGUUCACGUGAAGCCUUACAUGGUGACGGAGCCGCAGGACAUGACCGUGCUGCCCAACCAGAGUGUUCAGCUACAGUGUCGUGUCGGAGGGGAUCCUCCCCCUAAGAUCCUCUGGCGACGAGACGAUGGUGACAUGCCGGUCGGUCGAGCGCAGAUACUCGACGAUAAGUCGCUCAGCAUUGAGCACGUUACACUCGACGAUGAGGGUAUCUACAUCUGCGACGCAGACAACCUCGUCGGUAGUAUCUCAGUCAGGACCUCCCUCACCGUGCACUCUCCGCCUGCUUUCACAAAACGGCCUCAAGACCAGAAAGUGGGACUCAAUGGAGUGGCCAAGUUUGACUGUGAGGUGGAGGGCAAUCCCAGACCAAGUGUGUUCUGGACCAAAGAAGGAAGUCAGGUGCUGAUGUUCCCGGGUAACAGUUAUGGGAGGUUAAAUGUCAGUCCUCAAGGAACUCUUCAUAUCCAGGGAGUCCAGAGAGAAGACUCCGGGUUCCUUGUGUGUUCUGCGCUGAGUGUGGCUGGCUCUGACACUGCCAGGGCUUUCCUGCAGGUGACAUCUCUGGAAGAUGUGCCCCCGCCACUGGUGGAGGUCGGCCCCACCAACCAGACGCUACCACUGCAGUCCGUGGCCAGCCUGCCGUGCCAGGCCAGGGGAGAGCCCCCACCUCGUGUCAGGUGGUACCAUAACGGCAGCCCCAUUGAGCCCCGCAGCUCCCCCCGCAGAACUGUCCUGCCUUCAGGCACUUUGCAGAUCGAUGACCUGCAGACCAGUGACUCUGGACUGUACACCUGCACAGCCAGUAGUGACAGUGGGGAGACAUCAUGGUCUGCCUCACUGACUGUGGGGGGCCUGGCAGGAGGGUUCCAUCGAAGUCCCGAUCCUGCCACCUUCCCCCCGCCACCCAGCGCUCCUCGCAUCCUCAACAUCACUCAGAGCAGCGUCACCAUGUCAUGGGAUCCACCAUCCGGCCCGCUACACUCUCCUCUUAUAGGUUACACCCUAGAGUACUUCAGUUCAGACCUGCAGACAGGCUGGGUAGUGGCAGCUCAUCGAGUCAACACCAACACCAUCAUGAUAACUGACUUGAAGCCAGACACCUCGUACGUGUUUGUGGUUCGUGCAGAGAACACACAGGGUGUAUCGGUGCCUAGCGAGGUGUCGGAGACAGCACACACUCAGGGGACACACCUGCGAGAUGUCCCCGUCCACCAGAUAAAUGAGGCUAGAACACGACUUGCCACCAAGGUUAUACAGCUGCUGAGUCUCACACCAACCUCAUCUACUGCUGUUAGGAUUACAUGGGAGAUCGUAACCGCUGAAGACUAUGUGGAGGGUAUCUAUGUGAGGUUCCGGGAUUUGUCCGGGGGAGCCAACCAAUACAACAUGGCCACAGUUCUCAAUGCCGGGGCUCUCCACUACACUGUGACCAACCUCCAAAAAUACACAAAGUACGAUUUCUUCCUUGUCCCCUUCUUCAAGAUGAUUGAGGGCCAACCAUCCAACUCCAAGGUGGUGCAGACAUUAGAAGAUGUGCCCUCUGCUCCUCCUGAAAAUGUCCAGCUCGGCUGGGUGAAUGCCUCGGCAGCGUUUGUGAAGUGGGCCUCUCCCCCGCCCCAACAUUACAAUGGGAUUCUUCUCGGCUAUAAGGUUCAAGUAAAACAGAACACGAAGGUGAUUUCACAAAUGACUGUGAAUGCCACUACUAUGUCUGUGAUAUUACCCAACAUCUCUGUAAUGGGAGUUCAAGGCAUGGGUGUACGCGUGCUGGCCUACACUGCGGUGGGAGUUGGUCCUUACUCACCCAUGGUGAGUCUGGCGGACGCCCUGCUUCACCCUGCUGCCCAGCCCAGCCACCCCGCCUCCGCAUCAGACACUAUCUUUGUCUUGAUCCUUGUCUGUGGUGCCAUCUUCAUUGCAAUCGCCGUCUUUACUACUUAUUACCUCAAGCGGCGACAGAGUCUCAAGAAGGAGUUGGGUCAUCUGACAGUUCCAGUGAUGAACAUGAAUGACCUGGGCCUUAUGGGUGGUGGAAAGGACACAUUGUGGAUGGAGCCUGGAUGGGGUGCCAAGGGGCAAGGUCAAGGUCAUCUAUCAGACAGCGAGUAUGCACAAGUAGAUGCACGUGGGAUGUCCACCUUUUACAACACACGAAAGGAGUCUCUCGGCAAUCCAACCCCAUAUGCAACAACUACCCUCGUCAACAACAUGGUUCCCAACAACCGUCCAGACUCAACAGAGACUGGGCCACUCAUUGUUCCAAUGGCGAUGAGUUCAUCAUCAGAAGCGAAAACAUCAAGUUCUGGUGACUCGUGGACCAAGAAAGAGAUGAACCUGAACCAAGACAAUAACCAAGAUUUCAGAAAUAUGUCCGAAGGUGUUCCUGUGUAUAUUGGUGAAACUGGCCAAUACAAGGGGCGGUUGUUUUUACCCCCACCUCCCCAACAUCCUCCACCACCACCCCACCAUGGAAGCGUGGCGGUUUUCAAUCAGAACUCUCGUGUUUGUGGCAGUCCUCAAGCCAACAAGAGGUUUGCCAACAGUGGCCCUACGAUCUGCUGCCAAGAGAAUUCGGGUGGACGUAGUGGCAGCAGUUGCAACAGUUACGCACCAUCCUGGCUGACAAGUCAGAGCACGCGGGAACACAGGCAUCCGCCACCACAACAACACCCACCACCGGUACCCAACUAUCCACCUAGCUACUCAGGGUCAGGUAAGAACAGAGGUCACCGAGAGCAGCCACACAGCCAUCGCAGCAACUCUAGUCAGUGUGACUGCCAAGAGAGUGCAUCUCUGCUCUACUCCCACCCUCACAACUCAUCACAAUGCCACCAUGACUGUAAUGCCAUGGACCGAGGUGUGCAGAGCUCUCUGCCCAGUUUACACUCCGAGGCCCAGUACCAACUUGUGGACCACCAUAGGGAGGACGGGUAUCGGUGGCGUAGAGGUGAAGGAGGAGGAGUCGACUACGGAAGCUGGGAGGGGGAAGAUGCCAGCGACACCUGUUGUUCCUGCAGUGAAGCCUCUUGCACAUACGCUCAGACCAAUCGUACACCUGCCAUGAGUCCCCUCACAUCUGACUAGGUUGUGGAAGACCUACUUGAAGACUUGAACACUGAACUUAGCUCGAACACGGUCAGUUUGUCAAUAUUUGAACUGGAAAUAUAAUUUUAGUUUUGAGAUCUAUGAAUUCAAGCGAUAAUUGAAAACACGCUCUGGUCAAAUCUUAGAACCAGUCAGUUUGUGACAGAUAACUACUCAACUCAUUAUUUAUGAGAAUUUUAACAGAUGGUCCAGGUAUCAGCUACUUUUAAUUAAUUAUGUGCAGUUUUGAUUACUUAUUGAAGACUUUCCACAUACCGUUAGUGCUACGCAUUAUUGAAAGAUCGUUGAGCUGGAAUAUAACUGAAGUGUUCAUGGAUAAAUGAAUUUCAAGCGAACGCAUUUGAUAUUUCUAUUCGAUUUUUAUGAAACCUUUUAAGCAUAGUUCAUAAUUUAUCAAUAGAAUUUUUGUAAAUUUUGAAACCAAAAGGUUCAUUAGUGGUAGUGAAGAGAAUUUCAUACGAUUUUACGAGAUUUUAAUUUUGAGGUUUGUGCCUUCACCAGAGGGUUGAGUGGUGACAGAAUCAUAUCAGCCAUUCCUACCUUUGUAUCGUUAAUAUUUAAUUACUCUGUAAUGUAUGGACUAGAAAUAUCAGCUUCUGUGAUAUCAAAUUUAAGCAUUUUUGUAUGUAUUUGUGUUUUGUAUAUUAUUUCGAGACCCGUUGUAUCUGUGGGUUAUUUACUUGUAUUCUGCGUUAACUACUAGUGGUUUAAACUUAGGGGAUUUUGCAAGGAUGUCAAUAUUGGUAUGAUUUAUUUAGAGACACUUAGAAGUCUAAUUUGUAUUUGAGCUCACUUGUUUAAUACAAAGAACAUUUAAUAAGUUAUUAUAAUAAUAUGUGUACCAGAGAGUUUGUGGACAAUUAUAUUUCUGGGGUAUACACUGAGCACCAACUAAACCAUUCUAAUUAUUGAUUUUAAGUAAAAAAAGUUAAUAGAUAAAUUGAUAAAAUUAUAAUCAUGACAUCAGAAAAAGAAUAUAGAUUUAAAUUAAUUCCAUGUUUACAUUUAAUAUUUUUGAGAUUAAUAUACAGGAUUAUCUGUUUUUGAACUCUCUAUAACUUUAAAGAAUUAAAAUUACUCAAAUGAAUUCUUUGGGGAUCAAUUUAGUAAGACAACAUCUAAACCAAACAUCUGCAGUAGGCUGUUUAACUGACAGAUUUUUGAGAAAAGUGUUCUGAGUCACUGUAAGUUGUAAGUUAAUCUACAAAAAGGGCAUUAUGGAUUUUUUUCAUCCUUCAUCUACACUCUUAUUAGAUAAAAUUUUUUAAAUCUUUUCUAGGGGGUUGGUGAUGACAUCAUAGUAUGUAGUUUUUUUAUGAAUUAUGAAAUACCACAAAAACCUCAUAUUAUCAAAAAUGAUGACCAUUACUUUUCCCAUCUUCAGCUCCAUUCUUUCCCCAUUAUUUUAUUUAUUGAAUAAUAAAAGUUAAAAUGAUGUGGUAACAAAUAAUAUUCCUUGAUGUUUUGAUUUUCAUAUCACAAUUUCUUUAAUUGUAAAUAAAUCCAUUAAAAUUUUGCUAUUUUAUUUAUCUUAUUGGUAUCAUCAGUAACUUUAAUUUAUAAUUGUUGCUAGAUCGUCCUUUGUGUUUAAAAUUCCUUUCCCUCAAUUUGGGAGGUGUGAAAAUCUUUUUUUUAAAUGGUCAUAAAUUCGAAGAAUAAACUCAGCCAUCAAUGGUUGGUUCUUGGAUUGAGUUAAACCACCAACUCUCAAAGGAGACUUUACUACUUUUAUUUUUUUUUAAUUAUAAGUGUAGGGAAAAGAAGUUUGAAAUGUAAAUAUUGAAAAUUAAAUAAUUUUCAUAUGAGAAAUUUAGAAGUACUAAAAUUUUGAAUCUACUACAAAUGUUAAUAUAAUUUCAAAUUAACACGUGUGAGAUCACACAUACUUCCUGAUGCAAGAGGUCACAUGAAUGCAAUUUUGUCAUGCUUACUCUUUAUUAUUUUCAUUUAAUAUGAAAUAUUCUCGAAAAAUCUUGUGAUUAGUAUAGUAAACUGUCUCUCAGAAUAUAUUGUUAAUACCGUAAUAAUAAUAAUCUGCAUAUCAAACUUGGUCAGUAAAAACACAUUAUGUGUAAUGUACAAUUUAUCGCAAAUUAUCGAAUGAACCUUUUUGAGCAUAUAAAUAAAAAUUAUUUUUUUAUUUCAAAAGGAAAUUUGUCCAAUAAAAAAUAAACAUGCAAAAGUGUAACUUGAAUUUAUUAUAAAUGAGUGAUUGUAUUUAUAAAAUUAAAUUGUCUCAGGAUAUUAAAUUGGGUGCAGAGAACUAAAUAAUUUUAAUUGUUCUUAAAAAAAAAAUGAGUGAGAUUAUCAUAGUUUAAGAUCUUGUGAAGAAAUGUAUAAAGAGUUCAUAAGCUGCUAAUAUUGAUAAUCACAUUAAUAUCUCAGAAUUUCAAAAAUUGCAGCAAACUGCAACGGAUGUGUUCUCUUGUGUGUUAAACUUCAUGGUGUCUGAAGUCAGACAUUAUUUCAUUUAAAAAUUAAACCAAUAUUGACUCCUUUCUCCUUUAUCAGUGGCGCAGCAAGAGUCUAAGGUUCAGGAAUCUUCUUCAAAAUAUUUUUGUUUUUAAACCGUAAUUAUUUUUGUAAAUGAAUUAGCUACAGAAUUUAAUGAAUGGAAGUGUUAUAUGGAAUGAAAUAUCUAAUUUGAUGUGUUGCGUUUUUAUUCAAUAACAAUAAUUUGAAAUUAAUUUAAUUUCAAUUCCCCUGAGCAAACUAUCUUUCUGCGCUACUUCCUGUAAAUAUGAACAAAUUGCACAAAGCUUGGAAUUUGUAACCAUCCUUACUAUAAAUAAAUAACUUCCAGACCACUAGCUUCUUCCGUGAUAGUCCCCGAGAUUCUAAAUUAAUGGUAUUGAUUUAGAUUAGUAUAAUGUGAGUAGGUUUUUAACGUUUGUAAUAGUUUUGUACAGUUUUCUUCGAUUAACGCACUGUUUAUAGCCUAUUGUUAAUCGCUUUACAUAACUUUUAUUACAAUGUAACUAUAUUGUCAUUGAGUGUAAAAUUAAAGUUGUGUAACCUUAAGCACUAAAGACUGAGCUCAUAAGCUGUAACGUAAUACGUAAAUGGGUAGCAAUUUUUUGUACAUUGCAGGUAAGCUAAUAUGUUGGCUGUAAUCUUCGCUCUUUUCUUAAUUCUUUUUCAAUUUAUAUUUAUCGUUCAUAUCGGAAAAUAAUUUUCAUUGAAUGAAAUCUUGAUUUCUGUUCAAAACUUCAGUUGGCGUAACUGUUGCUUGUACAUGUGUUUUCAGUAACAAUUUAUGGUUUUGAGGAUAGUAAAACGUUUUUAUGUAACUGAAGAUUAGUUUUGGAUUCAUUGGUAUUGCCCCUUUUGGAAUUAAUUGAUGAUUAAUUAGGUAUUCUUACCUUUGUUAAAUCCAAAAAUAACUCUAAGGUGUUGUUAAAAGUUACAUGUUUCUGAAAUCCUUCCAUCAUCAGAGACAAGAUAAAUAAAAUGUGAUCUGCCAAAUGGCUUCGUUCUUCUAGUUAAAAUCGUAUAACAUAUUACAUAAAAAAAUACUCAUUUUGAAAAACAUAUUAAAACUCUUUGGAGGCGUACAUAUACAUGGCAAACAGUUUAACAACAUGUUGCGUGUAUAUGUGUUGUAUGAUUUUAACUACAAGAACGACACCAUUCAGCGGAUCAUAUUUUAUUUUGUGUCUGAUGAUGGAAUGAUUUCCGAAACAUGUAACUUUUGACAACACCUCAUGGUUAUUUUUUAGAUUUGACAGUGGUAAGAAUACCUAAUUAAUUGAAGAUUAGUGCCAUGAUUAAUUUUGUAUUAUGUGAAAUAGUACCGUCCAUCACAAAAUUAAACGUUCUUCUCUUUCAUAGCAAAUAUCUAUUCUUUUAUUGACAGGAAUAUAAGAAAUACUGGAAUGUACUGUUCUAAAUAUCAGACUAAGAAUGUUGACUAACUUACAUGUAGCUUCUAAGCAGGCUGUUUGCUUGAGUGCUGGCUUUGUGUUAACUAUUUUAAUCCAUAGAUUUAGCAGAUUGGUCUGACAGUAAAAACUUGCGUCUAAAAGUAAGAUUUAUUUUCAAACUAAGAGUACUGAUUCAAAGUGUUUUCUCAUCACUGAACGCUCAAUAUUCAAUUUGAUAAAUAUGCCCUUGACAUGUCCAAAUAAAAUUAUAAUUGAAAUUUUUUAAAUAAUUCCAUAUUAUAAAGGUCAAGUUUUCUAAGUCUAUUCAGUACAGACUAAGAAUCUAAUUCAGUGUUCUUUCUUUAAAGAUGAAUUACCUUAUACUUUUUCCUACAUUUAUUUCAAUAUUACUUUAUACCGGGGCCUGGGCUCCAUCACUCGUUUAUUUGAAGGGAUCGUGUCAACAGAAGUCUUCUGUCAAAGGGUACUGAGGAAUUUAGGAACAUUCCUCCUCUAAACAUACGAAAAAAUGUUAACAUUGAAUGGAUUCUGAUCCAGAAUAAUGCAUAAAAGUUUAUAUUUCAAAAAUCUAUAAGGAGAAGACAAAAUCUAAGAUUGUAAUAAACAAUGAUAAGAAUCUUAUUCUAUAAUGCAUUAUUUUUCCAUAAAGUUAAAUAUAAAAGUAUAAAAUAUUUUCAAGUGGUUAUUAUGGAAUUAAAAAAUCAAUGUUUUAUUUAAAAUUUACAAUGAAAAUUUGUAUUUAUUGAUGUGGUAAAACUUUUAUAAAGAGAUCUCUAGUUCAAUAAAUUAUAACACUAAAUUAAUAACAUACUUUAUGAAGAAUAAAAGUUCAGAACUUAACAAAAUUUUCUAUGUUAUUCAAAGAAUUAUUCAAAGUUUGCAGCUAACAACCUUAAAAUGUGUUGUGAAGAAUAUCAUGUUGUUCAUUUAACUACACAACACAAUUGCCCAAUUCAGGAGUUUAUUUAAUUAAUUAAAAACAAAACACACUAAAUUUCAUUUUAUUUCAUGGGUAGAUUUAUUAAAUUGAAUCUGGAAGAUCCUUCUGGUCUAAAUCCUAACUUUCUUAGCAAUACAGCUUGCUCUCUGUUCCUCUAUACUUUUCAUAAGAUAGUAUUAACUAUGAUACCCUACAGCUGUGUAAUUUGUAUCAGCAUAAAUUUUAUAUUGUAUUUAAAUGCAUUUUAUAUUUGAUGUAAUGUAUUGUUUUGUAUGUAUAAAAUAGUGCCAAAUUUUAUUAAUUUUCUGUAUAUAGACUGUAUAG